AUGAACUCGUUGUAUACCUCUGGUGUUCGCCAAACAAACUCCCUGCAGGCAGACCUGGAACGCCUGCGCAAUGGAGACAACUCACCAGCGCUCCUAGGCCAAAUCUCUGCUUCUCUAUCUGCUAUGCACCGGACAAUAGACGACUAUGAUGCAAUGACCAAACGCGAAAUCAUCAAGGCGAAGCAGGAGAAAGCGCAAAUGCGGGUACAGAAAUUCCGUACCGACUAUACUGAACUGCGAACUCAAUUCGAACGGCUAAAAGCUGAGAGUUCAGCAGAAGCUCAAGAAUCCAAUCGAGCAGAACUCAUCUCUGGAGCCUCUCCUCUCUCUCCUUCUGACACUCGGCGUCGUUUCCAACAUACUGGACCAACAAAUUCCAUGUUGCACCCCGGACUGCGGUCGCAAGCAGAGCCAGUAUCGGAGUCACCGUUUCGUGGCUCAACACCGCAACCAUAUGGAGGCAUGGGAAACCGGGAAUUCCGCGCACUGGAUGAACACUCCUUCAUCCAGAACACGGAUUCGCGGAUCGAUGACUUCAUUGCCCAAGGGAGGGAAGUGUUGGAUAAUUUGGUCGACCAGAGAAACAUGCUUAAAGGCACACAAAGGAGGCUAUUGGACGUUGCAAACACAUUGGGCCUGAGCAGAGAUGUAAUUGGUUGGAUUGAGAGGCGAAGCACGCAAGACAUGUAUAUUUUUGUUGGUGGCGCGUUGUUCACAUUCCUCUGCUUCUACCUGAUAUGGCAUUAUCUGGGGUGA